UUACACCGUCGUUUUAUUUUCUCCCUCCCUCUCCUCCUCCUCCUCUCCCACCACCACAACACAGACAGAGCGAGAUACAGACGCUCUUAUCUCGCCCUCUCGAUCUCCUUUCAUUCUCCUUGAUUAGUUCUUUCCCACCGCCGGAAAACCGUUGGCCUCCUCCUCUCAGCCCACAGCCGCCUUCCGCCCUUAACUUUAGAUCGUCAGGAAGGCGAGAGAGGGAGAGAGGAUGUUGCUCGGGAAGAGGUCUCGUCCAUCCAUGAGGAGGACGACCAGCUUGACGGAGUUCGAGCUGAACCUGGAGUUUCCACCGUCGGCGCUGGAGGCGGCGGCGACCGCAGCCCAGCAACAAUUUCAGCAGAAGGCGGGGGCUGCCGGCGCUGGCCUCCCAUCUGCGGGCGUCCCUCAGAGAUCCCCUCGCCGGAGCUCGGCCGACUUUUUGGCGAUGGAGGGAGCUGCCCACUUCCUGAGGUGCUGCACCCUCUGCAAGCGCCGGAUCGGCCCCGGCCGCGACAUCUACAUGUACAAGGGAGAUACUGCAUAUUGCAGUCUGGAGUGCAGACAGCAGCAGAUGAACAUAGACGAGAGAAAAGAGAAAUGUUCAAUGACAUCAAUGAAGAAGAAAGCUCCUCCUUCAGGCUGUGAACCCUCUGGCAAUGGAGAGACUGCCGUCGCUGCAUGAUUCUUCAUUAAUGGCGACGGUGGUCGCAGCCUUGAUGAUUAUUAUGAUGAAGAUGACCCAUCGCUUGUCCUUCACUUUCACUCCUACUAAAAAAAAAAAAAAAAAAAAAGUCUUGUAAUUUUGUAGCUUGCAAUCAUUCAAGAAAAACGAAGGGCAGCUCCGAGUCUGCCUGCUAGGAAGAAGCAGAUCUUUCCUUCCGUGGCCAUGCAAUGUUCAGAAGAUCGUGAGGUGAACAAGAGAAGGAAGACGAGUGUGCACAUCUGCUCUGGCCUGUACUUUUUGUUUUCUUGCAAAAUGAAUGUGGCUCUUAAAUUUGGACCA